AAUAAAAAAUCAAACCUUUCAAAUCGGAGAACGAAAAAGAGAGAGCUUUAAGUUCUCACUUCUUCAUUCUCAUCUUCUCCAUCGAUCUCCGUCUACAAGCUUCUUUACUAACCCGCCAUGGAUUCAGAGACUGGACUUGAAGAAUCAAUGUGGCAGAUGCGAUUGGAACCGAUUAGUCCAGGGUACCCGAAGCGGCCGUAUGAGCCAAAUUGUAGUUACUAUAUGCGUACAGGCUAUUGUGGGUAUGGCGAUCGAUGUCGAUUCCAUCAUCCUCGUGAUCGCUCGGUUUGUGUUGAUUUCCGGCAGGUAUUUGGAGGUGGAAGGAUGGGUAGUGGGGAUUAUCCGGAGCGUGUUGGUCAGCCUGCAUGCAAGUACUUCCUCAAGACUGGCAUUUGCAAGUAUGGUAGCUCAUGCAAGUAUGAUCAUCCAAGACAAGGAGCUGGGUCUGCUCGCACUGUCCCCUUAAAUUUUUAUGGAUACCCUCUUCGUCUGGGUGAGAGGGAAUGUGCUUAUUAUAUGAGAACAGGCAAGUGUAAAUUUGGCUUGACUUGCAAGUUCCAUCAUCCCGAGCCAACAGUGUUACCAGCUCCUUUCAUCCAGCCACCUUAUGGUUCAGUGCUGAUAUCUACUGGGGUUGUUUCAGUUCAGGGUUGGAGUCCUUAUCCGCCAACAGCAAACCCUUUAUUGUCUCCUGGAGGACAGCAUGGUGUUCAAACUGGAUCCUUAUUUAGUUCCUCAAAUCCGCUGUCUCUUUCAGCUUCAGCAUUUCCAAGGCCUAACACAGAAGUACCAUCUUCUACUGGUCUCCCUCUUCAUCCGGUGAAUGAGGGGUCAUCUAUUGUUGGCAAUGCAACUGUGGGUUAAAAGAAAUCCUAAAAUCGACAUAUGUUUUGAGUUCAAUUGAAUAGUCGAUAGAGUGUGAAACAUGUGUUAGGAUGGAAUGUCAAGCUUCACAUUUUGGCUACAUGAUCUCAGUCCAGGGCCCUUAGAGCAAGGAUAUAAUCAUCAGUUGGUUUAGAUAAUUGUAAGUCAAGAAACAGUAGAUCUUCAUCAUGAGUUGUACUUUUCUUUGCAUGUUAAAUGUCAUGUAUCUCCUGUCUCUAGUACUUUCUUAA